AUGGCUAAGGGAAAGACUAAGAAGUUGCGAAUAGCUACUACUCAUUCAAAUGGGAAUGAAACAACUGCUGGAAAUCAAGGGCAACUAAGUAACUUAGGUACCAGGGAUGCAGAUCAACAUCAUCAAAGUACAUCUAAUAGCCAAAAUCAAGGAAACACAGAUGCCUCUACACAUGUUUCUCAACAUGAAAAUGGGAGAGUCCAUGACUAUAUUAUUCAAGAUCCAGAAGGAAAUAGAAGACGAGGAAAAACUGUUCUAGCAGAUGUAUGGAAUUUACCUGAAGGACAUCACAUUGUUGUUGAUGUCAAUAGUGAGAUGCAGCCCAUUGGAGAUGAAGGAGGGGUAAUAGGUUCAUUUGGUGGGACUAUUGCAAGAAAUGGAAAGCUUUGCUCUCUAAGUUACACGAGAUGGGAUCAUUUGAAAAAGGGUUGUAACAGAAAUAAUCAAGCAAUGAUACUAAAAGAAGUUGAGGCUAGAUUUCUUUAUCCCAAAGCUACUGAGAAAUGGAUAUUGAAAUCAAUUGGACAUAAAUGGAGGGAUUAUAAGUGUUACUUGAAAGGGCUGCAUUAUGAUGAGAAUACAGAUAUUACUGUUUUGCAUAGUAAUGUUCCACCAGAUGUUGAAUCAGAUCAGUGGAUUAGCCUUGUAAAUUUUUGGAGAUCAGAUGAAGGAAGGAAGAGAAGCAAACUUGGUAAAGAAUCACAUGCGAAGGCUAAAGUGAAGCCAAUUUCUACAACUGGUACAAAAAGUCAUGCCCGUGUUGGUGCAGAAAUGAAUCAAAUUAGGAAAAUUGUUGAUGAACAAGGCGGGCUAGAAGUAAGCUUAAAUGAUGAUCCUGUUGCAAAGGUAUUAGGUAAAGAUCAAUAUAGCCGUGUUCGUGGUUUGGGAUUAGGGGUCAAGCCGUCAGAUUUUGUAGAAUCUUCUGGGCCAUCACGUCAUAAAGGCCUAAACAUGUCCACAAAAGAUGAAACAUUGGUUUUGUAUUAUUUUCGCAAACUGGAGGGUUUAACACAAAGACUAAGAAAACGUGUCAAAAGUCAGGGAAUGACCAUACAUAAGUUGAAAAGGAAGCUCCAAACACAUUAUGGUUCUGACUUCGAUAAUUCUGACUCGGAUGGCUUAAGUGAUUCUGACUCUGAUGGUUUAAGUGAUACUGAAGCUGGUGAAUCUGAUGAAGAAGAAGAAUCUGAUAUUCCGCUAACAGACAAGGGUCAAAAUGCUUCAACUUCUAACAAUGAUGGUUCUCUUUUGCAACGCUCAAAUUAGUUGUUGGUUUAACUUCCCAAGGAUUAAUCUACGAAGCAGCGAGAUAGAGAAGUAGCUGAUGGGAAAUUAUGUGGCGUAGUAUGACGAUCGAGGACAACACGGUCCCUUGAUUUUUAUUUUUUUAGGAACAACGCUUGUAUGCUCUUUCUUAAUUAAGC